GAGAGAGAGAGAGAGAGGAGAGAGAGCUCUCUUUCUAUCCGAAAUCCUUUUUUAAAGCCGACUAAUGAGACCGGCUUUUUUCUCAGUCCGGCAGUGGCUCACCGACCCAGCCCAAUUUUCAUCGUUACGUAGACGCGGAAUCGCUGAAAUAUCGGAUUAUUAGUCGAAACGUUUCGGUUUGUUUGAUGGUGUAGUAGGAUGCCUAGAUUUCGGCCGUGUGAAAUGUCGGAAGCUUGAGAAUCUUUGACAGCUAUUUUAUUUUUUUGUUUGGCUAUUUCUUCUUUUCAGGCGAUGCUUUCUACAGCUGAGUCAGGAUUCCGACAGCUUCGCUGGAUCAGAGGGUAUUGCUGCCGGAGAUAAGUGGUUCUUUAGUUCCGGGUGUUGGUUGUUUGGGGUUUAAGUUUGAUUUAGCUGCUGCUUUGUCUUUCCGGCGUUGUUUUCAGUUCAAGUGCGAUAUGAAUGGUCUUAGGAACUAUUGUUUAUUUCUGAUUAGUUGCCGGAGAUACGUCGGAACUGUUAGUUGGAUAAAGCAGAGCUUGUGACUGGUAGGUAAGAGCUGUGAAGAAACCCUAGGUGGGCAGUGGGCAGGCAGCAGGCUAUAUAUUGAAGCCUCCUUUGGAUUCUUCCACUUGAAAAAAUAAAAUAAAAUCUCGGAAUUUCGGAUUCCGCCAUAGCUUGGUUACCCAUAGAAUCAUAGAAUUUUGGGAAAUAUGCCUGCCGAGUUGGAGAAUACGUCCGCGGUCACUGUUUCUACAGCUUCAGGAGAAGCUAGUGCGUCGUCUUCUGGUAACCAAACAGCUCCACCGUCGACGACGACAAAGAAAAAGCGCAAUCUCCCUGGAAUGCCAGAUCCAGACGCGGAGGUUAUCGCGUUAUCUCCUAAAACCCUAAUGGCGACGAACAGAUUCGUGUGCGAGAUCUGCAACAAGGGAUUCCAACGCGAUCAGAACCUGCAACUUCACCGCCGUGGUCACAAUCUUCCUUGGAAGCUCCGGCAGCGGUCGAGCAAAGAAGUUCGUAAGCGAGUCUAUGUCUGCCCUGAGCCCUCGUGUGUUCAUCACGAUCCAUCAAGAGCUUUGGGCGAUCUUACUGGAAUAAAGAAGCAUUUCUGCAGGAAGCAUGGCGAGAAGAAAUGGAAAUGCGAUAAGUGUUCGAAGAAAUACGCCGUCCAGUCGGAUUGGAAGGCUCAUUCGAAGACAUGCGGAACCAGAGAGUACAGAUGCGAUUGCGGAACCCUCUUCUCUAGGAGGGAUAGCUUCAUCACUCAUAGGGCUUUCUGCGAUGCGUUGGCGGAGGAGAGCGCCAGAGCUCAGACGGUUGCUAAUUCGAAUUCUGAAGAAGAUCCGAAGCUUCAGAUGGUUGCUACUGCUGCUACGUCGUCUCCUCCUCCUGCAUCGUCUGCUCCUGUGAUUUCUGCGGGUUUGCCAAUUCAAAAUCCAGAGUUGCCGGAGGUGCAGGAAAAUCCCAGCAUUAUUUUAAAUCAUGCCCCAUCAGCCACCUGCUUAGACGGAAGCAGCAGCAGCAACUCUAGCAGCAAUGGCUGCGGCAGCAGCAACAACAGCAGCAAUGUAUUUGCAAGCCUAUUCGCUUCCUCGGCUGCUGCAGGAAGCUUGCAGCCACAGACUUCUUCCUUCUCAGAUUUGAUUUGUGCCAUGGCACGCUCGGAGCGUCCGACAACUCUCUCUGCUGGUUCUGCCGCGGAACCAACAUCGCUUUGUCUCUCAUCCACCUCGCUCUUUGCUCCAGUUGGGGCAGAGCGUCGGCAAUUUGCUCCCCUUCCGCAGCCGGCAAUGUCUGCCACCGCGCUGCUUCAGAAAGCAGCGCAGAUGGGUGCUGCUGGCACGAAUGCAUCACUACUGCGAGGGUUGGGUCUGACUAUGACGUCCUCGUCGCCUUCGGAACAGCAAGAGAGCUUGCAAUGGAGUCGGCGUAUGGAGGCAGAGCCCGCACCGUUGGCAGCUGGGCUUGGGCUUGGGCUUCCUUGCGAAGGGGGUACUGCCACUGGACUGACAGAAUUGAUGAUGGGCCAAUCAUCUUUGUUCGGGCCGAGGCCGACUACACUGGAUCUUCUUGGGCUGGGGAUGGGCAGUGGUGGUGCUCCAACGGGUGGGCUCUCGGCUCUGAUUACGUCGAUUGGAGGUGGGCUGGAUGUGACAGCUGCUGCCGCAUCGUUCGGAGGUGGUGGGAGUUCGCCUGGGAGGACGUGGGAAGAAGCUUCUGAGAGGAAGCCUAACAGCCCGCCGGCAUUGUUAUAGAAGCUUCGUUCUCAGUGUAAAAUUUGUGCAGCUGAAAGACUGUAAGGACUCCUUUUUUAUAUAUAUAUAUGAUUUGUUUCUCUGUAGUUUCCCCGUCAAUCGAGAGGAGAAGAGAUGGGAAUGAUUUUUUAAUCCAAAAAUUUUUGUUUAUUCCUUGAAUCAUCAAGUUUAAUUUAAAAAAGUUGAGUGGGGGAGGUGUACAGGGGUUGCCUGCCAGCUGCCACUCGGCUACUUGCUAGACGGCUAUGUAUUGGAUGGCGACGAUGAUAGCUUUUCGGCCUCGAGAAUUUGUCCGAGUUCAA